CGGGGCGGCGGGCCGGCCGCUUGCGCCCCGGAGCCUUCGGCCGGUCUUUGUGCGCGAAGCAGCAGCGGCAGCAGCGGCGGUCAUGCCCGGUCGUCGGAACGGCGCCCUCUCGGAGCGGAGCCCGCUGCUCGCUUACCGGCUGUGCAGCAGCUCCUCGCUGGAAGCCGACCAGGCGCUUCCGACCUCUUCCCGCAAGCUCUCCACCUUCCUGGGCGUCGUGGUGCCCACUUUGCUCUCCAUGUUCAGCGUGGUGCUUUUCCUCCGCCUGGGUUUCGUGGUGGGUCAGGCAGGUUUAUACCAAUCCCUGGCGAUGUUCUUGGUGGCCUACUUCAUCAUCGGUAUGACAGUGCUGUCGGUGUGUGCCAUCUCUACCAACGGGGCUCUGGAUGCUGGCGGGGCCUACUACAUGAUCAGCCGGGCAUUGGGCCCCGAAUUCGGUGGAAGCAUCGGCAUCAUGUUCUUCUUUGCCAAUGUUUGCGGCAGUGCCCUCUACAUCUUGGGCCUGGUGGAGGCCGUGAUGGAUGACUUUGGCAGCCCAGCAGAGGGGACUAUUGGGUCGGCCACACAGGUCCUGCCCCGCGGUUAUUGGUUUGACCUCCUGUAUGCCACGGUCCUCCUGUUCCUGUGUCUUCUUGUCUGCCUUGUGGGCGCCGGCAUCUACGCUAAGGCCACCUUCCUCAUCUUCCUCAUCGUCAUGGUGGUGCUGGGCACAGUCUGCCUCAGCUUCUUUGUCGUGAGCGUCCAGGUCGUGCGGCUUCCCGCCAUCAGGGACGGCAAUCACACCGAACUCGUCAACGCGUCCUUCACCGGAUUCAAACUCAGCACCCUCCUGGAUAAUCUGCAUGCGGACUACAGCGUCGACUACACAACUGGCCAUCUGAUGAGCUUCAGCACUGUCUUUGCUGUCAUGUUCAACGGCUGCACGGGAAUCAUGGCUGGGUCGAACAUGUCAGGCGAUCUCAAGCGGCCCAGCUAUUCCAUUCCUCGGGGCACCAUCAUGGCCGUGAUGUUCACCUACAUUGUGUACAAUUUGCUGGCUGUUCUCCUCAGCUGCACCUGCGACAGGCUUCUUCUCCAGCGGGACUACAGCUUUUUGAAGGACAUCAACAUCUGGGCCCCCUUUGUCAUCAUCGGGGUCUACCUUUCGACCCUCUCAGCCGCCAUGAGCAACCUCAUUGGCGCCUCCCGGAUCCUGUACGCUUUGGCCAAAGAUGACCUCUUUGGCAAAGUUUUGGGUCCAGCCAAACAGACGUCGGUUGGUGGGAACCCCUGGGUCGCUGUCAUCUUCUCCUGGAUCCUUGUACAGCUGGUGCUGUUUUCCGGGAAGCUGAACACCAUCGCUGCGGUGGUCACCAUCUUCUUCCUCCUGGUUUACGCUACGGUGGAUUUGGCCUGCCUGGCGCUGGAGUGGGCCUCUGCCCCAAACUUCAGGCCCACCUUCAAGUAUUUCACGUGGCACACCUGUGUGCUGGGCAUUGCCGGCUGUGUCGUGAUGGUGUUCCUCAUCAGCCCCAUCUACGCUUCGGCCAGUGUGGCCUUCAUGGUCAUCCUGCUGGUGGCCCUCCAUUACCUGUCUCCCAGCAGCAGCUGGGGUUACAUCAGCCAAGCUCUGAUCUUCCACCAGGUCCGCAAGUACCUGCUGCUGUUGGACAGCCGCAAAGAACAUGUCAAAUUUUGGCGCCCCCAAGUGCUGCUGAUGGUGCGGAAUCCGCGGACCUCCCUCCAGCUCAUUCGCUUCAUCAACGACCUCAAGAAAAGUGGCUUGUACGUGCUCGGCCACGUAGAGCUGGCGGAUCUGGACUCUCUGCCGGCUGACCCCUUGCCGGACCAGUCCGAUUCCUGGCUGCAACUUGUGGACCGGUUGAAUAUCAAAGCCUUCGUCAACCUGACGCUCGCCAGCUCCGUGCGGAAUGGCACGCAACAGCUGCUCUUCAUCUCCGGACUGGGGGGCAUGCGGCCCAACACCAUUGCGCUGGGCUUCUACGACAACGCGGUCCCCCAAGACUACAUGUCCCAACCCACCGCCUUCAGCCAAGACGAGGCAAUUUGGCACGAGUUCCCUCCCGUCUGGACUUCCGGGGGCCCCAAGCAGUUGUCUCCCUGGGAGUACGUGGCCAUCAUCUGCGACGCCAUGAAGAUGUCGCGCAACGUCCUCCUGGCCCGCUCCUUUGACCAGCUCCAGCCGCCCCAGAGCCUCGGCUGGCGUGCCCAGCCUCUGAUCGACGUCUGGCCCGUCAACCUGUGGCGCCCCGACAGUGCCCGAUACGUCGACACCAGCAGCCUCUUCUUGCUGCAGAUGGCCUGCGUCCUGGCCAUGACGCGGUCGUGGCGACGGGCUCGCUUGCGCCUCUUCCUCUGCGUGGAGAGCUGCACCAGCCCCCAGGGCCAGGAGGACAAGCUGCGGCAGCUCCUGAAGGACCUGCGCAUCCAGGCCAAGGUCCAGAUCGUGCCGUGGGACGAGGUGGUGGCGCUCCACUGGCACAGCCAUCGCGGAGACUCGGCCGACGGUGGCCUGAACGCCUACAGCAACAUCACCUCCAUUUCAGACGAAUACUUGACUGCGGUGAACCAGCUCAUUCUCCAACACAGCACCACCCCUACCGUCCGUUUCCUUUACCUGCCCCGUCCUCCUGCGGACACCAAUUUGUACCCCAGAUACUUGCAACAGCUGGAGAUCCUGACCCACGGACUGGGCCCCACGCUGCUGGUGCACGGGAGUCUCAGCAUCUUUUUUACAUCGUGGUGACUAAGACUGGAUGGAGUAUUCCAAGUGUG